GGAUCCUUUUCACUUGCAGUUUCCAUUUGUUAAGAUGGAGCAAGAAAUGGAAAAGAGAAAUGUAGUCAGAAUUGAAGAAAAUGAAGAGAAAUGGGUGCAUGAUGCAUCUGUGGAUUAUAAAGGCAGAGUUCCUCUCCGUGCUUCCACUGGUGUAUGGAAAGCCUCCCUCUUUGUCCUCACAAUUGAACUUAGUGAAAGAGUAAGCUACUUUGGGAUAGCCACUAAUCUUAUCUCGUACCUGACUAAAGUGAUGCAUGAAGACCUUCAAACAGCGGCCAAGAGUGUAAACUACUGGUCAGGAACAACAACCCUGAUGCCUCUUGUUGGGGGAUUUAUUGCUGAUGCCUACACUGGCAGAUUUUAUAUGAUACUGUUUUCUUCAUUUGUAUACCUCAUGGGAUUAAGCCUGCUGACUAUGUCUCAAUUCAUCCCAAGUUUAAAACCAUGCAACAAUGGGGUAUGCCAUCGGCCAAGGAAGGUUCAUGAAGUGGUUUUCUUCCUUGCCCUUUACUGCAUCUCCUUUGGUACUGGAGGAUACAAACCAUGCUUGGAAAGUUUUGGAGCUGAUCAAUUUGAUGAUGAUCACUUGGAAGAAAGGAAGAAGAAAAUGUCUUUUUUUAAUUGGUGGAAUUUCGCUAUGUGCUUUGCAUUGCUGCUUGGUGCAACAGUGGUUGUUUAUGUUCAAGACUUUGUUAGCUGGGGAGUUGCUACUCUUAUUGUCACUAUUCUUAUGACUCUCACUGUCAUAGCUUUCUGUAUGGGAAAACGUUUUUACAGGUACAGGAGGACAGAAGGGAACCCUUUAACACCAAUUUUACAGGUCUUAAUUGCGGCAAUGAGGAAAAGGAAUCUAUCUUGUCGUUCAAACCCUGCUUUGUUGCAUGAGGUCCCAGAGUCAGAGAGGUCUCAAGGAAGGCUUCUGAGCCACACUAACAGGCUCAGGUUUCUUGACAAGGCUGCAAUAAUUGAAGAGAAACGUAUCGAACAGAAGUACAAUCCAUGGAGAUUAGCAACAGUGACAAGAGUGGAGGAAACAAAACUUGUUCUAAAUAUAAUUCCCAUAUGGCUAACUUCAUUAACAGUUGGAGUAACCGUGGGACAAGGACAGACACUCUUUGUCAAACAAGCAGCCGCUACCAACUUAAAGAUAAGCCACAGUUUCAAAAUCCCACCAGCUUCCAUGGCCUCUGUUACAGCAGUUGGUACCUUAAUAGCUGUCCCAAUAUAUGAUAGGAUUACUGUUCCAAUUAUGAGGAAAUUCACUGGCAAUGAAAGAGGCAUCAGCAUCCUUAGGAGGAUCAGCAUUGGCAUGGCAUUAUCUGUCAUAGUCAUGGUUGUUGCUGCCUUAGUAGAAGGAAAGAGACUAAGAAUGGCUACACAUGAAGUCCUCACUGUAGGGGAAACUAGGCAUGAGACUAUGAGUGUGGUGUGGUUGAUACCCCAAUACUUGAUUCUUGGCGUUGGAGAUUCAUUUUCUCUAGUUGGCUUGCAAGAGUAUUUCUAUAGCCAAGUUCCUGACUCGAUGAGAAGCUUAGGAAUGGCUUUGUAUCUUAGUGUGCUUGGAGUAGGAUUCUUCUUAAGCAGCUUUCUAAUCAUCAUUGUGGACCGUGUCACGGGGAAAACUGGCAAUAGUUGGAUUGGGAAGGACAUAAAUUCAAGUCGUUUGGAUAGGUUUUAUUGGAUGUUGGCUGUGAUUAAUGCUUUGGUUUUGUGUGUCUUUCUCUUGGUGAUAAAAAGGUACACUUAUAAGACCGAUCAGAGAAGAGCUAUUGAAACUGAUUGUUGCAAGAGUGAUGGGGUGGAGAUGGUAGCUUGAUGAGAGCUACUAUGUGUGUGUUUUGGUGGUAGGUGGAGAUGCGGUAACGGGAACAGAUGUUGGGACCGGUAAUUCAAACAUGCUCUUGUACCUCUCACUACUAUAUUUUCAGCUGAACAAAAUGUCGUAGGUUACCCAUAGUAGGGCUAAGUAAAAUAUCCUCUUAAUUAAAUUUCUUAACCGUGGGAAGAAUUCUGCAA